AUGGUCGCCAUUCCAGUCUGGGCCCUGAAGAUCGGCUGCUUCUAUGGCCUUAUAACCUGCGACUCUGCCCCAGGUGUUUGGCCUGAGAGUACUCCCACUGUCAUCGCCUAUCAUCCUCCGACUUCCACGGCCACCCCUUCUAGCACUCCCAGCAGCUCUGUUAGUGUGACUAGCUCUGCACUCGUUAUUUCCACUCCUGUCUUGACUCCAUCUGGGUCUGUGUCUGUGUCUUUGCCUUCGUCUCUUGGCGGAUCGUCCGUUUUACCCACCAAUACCCCUGCACCAUCCACAUUCGUUACCGCUACCUCUUCUGGCUCCGUCCCGUCAAGCUCUGCCUCAGGCUCUGUCAUCGUUACUGUUUCACCUUCCUCGAGUCCUGUUGAUACUUCUACUUCCUCGAGUCCGUCUUCUAGCUCUGCUGUUCUUCCAUCUGGAAGUGCUUCUACUUCCACUCCUCCGUCCAGCAGCCCGGCUUCAUCUUUGCCUGCCUCCAGUGGUGCUUCCUCUUCAUUGAGUCUCCCUGCUGUCUCUAGCUCAAGUGUUGCCUCGUCUUCGUACCUUGCUUCUAGCAGCGGUGUUUCUUCGUCCGCAAGUGUCACUCCUGGAAGUUCUUCCCUGAGUGUUCCUGCUUCGUCUAGUCCAGCUUCCUCAUCGCCUGUUUCGAGUGCCGCUUCUUCAAGUGCUGUUUCAUCUGUGCCUUUGUCUUCCUCGCCUGUCUCUUCUUCAGUCGUCUCCUCAGCCGUCUCAUCUUCGGUUGUUUCCUCAUCGGCCAUCUCGUCUUCCGCUAUCUCAUCUGUGCCUUUGUCCUCUUCAGUCGUCUCUUCUUCGGCUGUUUCUUCAUCGGUCGCCUCUUCGUCUUCAGUCGCUUCAUCCUCUGCUGUGUCAUCCUCUGCUGUGUCAUCCUCUGCAAUUUCGUCUGUACCACUUUCUUCAAGUGCUAUUGUGACUCCCAGCAUGUCUUCCACUCUUGUCUCCAUGUCGGCCUCGGCCUCAGCUUCUGCCACCCCUCUCAACCACGCCGCUGUCGCAGCUAACAUCCUGGUCAUCGCCAGAGAUGCUGCUUCCGUUGGUGUGGCCAGCUCCGGUCUCAACGCCUACGGUAUUCCUUUCACCAGCCUGAUUGUUCCUUCCGGUGGUGUUGCUCUCCCUGCUCUCAACGGUACAGCCGGCGGAAACUUCGGUGGUAUUGUUGUUGCUUCUGAAGUCAGCUACGACUAUGGUACCCUCGGGUUCCAGAGUGCCUUGACCACUGAUCAGUGGAACCAGCUCUACGCCUACCAGCUCGAGUAUGGUGUCCGCAUGGUCCAAUAUGAUGUCUACCCCGGUCCUAACUACGGUGCCAACGCUCUUGGUGGAUGCUGUGACGGCAUUGAGCAGCUCAUCUCUUUCAGUGAUAUCAGUGAAUUCCCCACCUCCGGCCUCAAGACUGGUGCCGGUGUCAGCACUAGCGGUCUCUGGCACUACCCUGCUUCUAUCAGCAAUACCACCUCGACCAAGCAGGUUGCCUCUUUUGCUGCCACCACCGGCUUUGACUCUGAGAGUGUCGCUGCCGUUAUCAACGACUUCGAUGGCCGUCAGCAAAUGGCCUUCUUCAUUGGAUUCGAUACCACCUGGAGUGCUACCUCCAACUACCUGCAGCACGCAUGGAUCACCUGGAUCACCCGCGGUCUCUAUGCGGGUCUUCGUCGUGUCAACCUGAACACUCAGAUUGAUGACAUGUUCCUUGAAUCUGACAUUUACUACCCCGCUGGAAAUACUUUCCGUAUUCGCCCCGAGGAUAUGACCAACAUGGCUACCUGGACUGAUGUAAUCAACGCCAAGAUGCCCGCUGGUAGUUCCUACUAUGUUGAGGUUGGCCACAACGGUAACGGAAACAUCGAGAACUCUUCUAACACCGAUGCUGGUUACGUUGCUUGCAAUAACGGUGCCAUCGAGUACGAGUCUCCUGCCGACACCCCUCUUGAAUGGAUCAAGCCCAUUGGCACCGGCACUGACCUGUGGCCCACUAAGCCCAAGGCCUACGACUGGAGCGCCACCUGCAGCAACAUGGAUGAGCUCCUCAUCUGGUGGACCACCCCUGCCAACCUGAACAAGUUCGGUCAUAUUUCCCACACCUUCACCCAUGAGGAGCAGAACAACGCCACCUACGCUGAUGUUCUCCGCGAGAUUACCUUCAACCAGGCCUGGCUCGCUGAUGUCGGUAUUGACAAGGCUACUCACUACACUGCUGAUGGUAUCAUUCCUCCUGCCAUUACUGGUCUUCACAACGGGGAUGCUCUCCGCGCCUGGUGGGAGCGUGGUAUUACCCAGUGUGUUGGUGACAACACCCGCCCUGCUCUCCUGAACACCGAGAACGCCAUGUGGCCCAUGUUCACCACCGUUGAGGCCAACGGCUUCGCUGGUAUGCAAGUUAACCCCCGCUGGGCUACCCGUAUCUACUACAACUGCGAUACCCCUGCCUGUACUCUCCAGGAGUGGAUCGACACCUCCGCUGGUAGCGGCACCUUCGCCGACCUUCUGGCCACCGAGAAGGCUGACACCAUGCGUCACCUGUUUGGUCUCUACCACGAUGGUUACAUGUUCCACCAGGCCAACCUUCGCAACGCCGACGUUGACCCCAUCACCAUCAACGGUGUCAGCGAAAAGUACAGUAUCAUGCAGGCUUGGGUUGAGACUCAGGUCCAGGAGUUCGUCCGUCUCGCUGAGUGGCCCAUGAUUACCCUCACCCAGCAGGAGUUGUCUGCCUCCUUCCUUGCCCGGUUCAACCGUGACAAGUGUGGUUACUCUCUCAGCUACGCUACCAACAACAAGCAGAUCACUGCUGUCACUGUCUCUGCCACCGGCAACACUUGCACUGAGCCCAUCCCCGUGACCUUCCCUGUUGCUCCUACCAGCACCCAGGGCUUCACCACUGAGCAGCUCGGUGCCGACCCCCUGACCGUUUGGGUCCAGCUUUCUGGCUCCCCAGUCACAUUCACUCUUUCCACCCCUAUUUCUUUCUAG